CGCCUUUCUACCGCCCUCCAAUCCCUCGUUUCAUCCACCACUUCCCCUCUCCGCUCAUCCCUCCUUCCAAUCCCGUACGAUGCAAUCGACCAAAUCAUUAAGCAGGAUUUUGAGAACGAAAAGCCUGUUGAAGGGGUUUAUGUAUACAUUCUUUCUCUGGGUUCAACUUCGAAGCCGUAUGCUUAUAGCUACUCCCAUGGAGACGCAUCUCCUGGCGUCACCAAAUGUUUGGGGAGUAUCUGGACGGGAAAAGAGAGGUAUAUCUGGAUUGAUCUUGGAGCGGGACCGGUAGAUUAUGGGCCUGCUUUGUCCGGAGAUGGUGUUCUGCCUAGAGGGGAGUUUCAUCCUCUUGCGGCAUUGCAUGGGAGACCCAAGUCGCAGAAGGCGUUGCUUGCGGAUUUGGCGUCUCUAAUUCACAGUGCUUAUCAGGUACUUGUUGUGCCCUCUUUGAGAAUUCCCGUGUAUUUUGAGAACUCUUUGAUUGUUCAGUUUAUUCAUAUUUACGGGUCAGAGAGCAAGGAUUCUACUGGUUUGGAUUGGAAAGCUAUAGAGAGGACAUUUAUGGAUGAGGUCAAUGAUGGUGGGUUGUUGUUGGGGGGUCAGUCUUUGAGUUUUAAUCAUUACAGUAUAAAUUUUGAGGACUGUUCUAUUUGCUCCUUUGCAAUUUCACGGUCCAUCAAUUCUUACACUUCGAGGUUCUUGUUUGACAACUAUACUUUGAUUGUAAGUGAAUAUUUGGAUUCAAAGCGUUUGCAUCAGAUACUGUCUGACUCUGCUGAGGAGUUUAGGAGGGCUGCAGGCUUGCCAGAGGAGGAUUUCAGUAAGGUUCUUCCUGUCUAUGUGUUUGAUUUGGACCAUAAUAUGCUACUGCUGCUUGACCGUUAUCAUGAGUCUAUUGCAUUCAGAGAUAUGGUUAUUGCCGUGAGAACAAAGAUUGCUCAGACUGUGAAUGAUUACAGCUGUAAUGGUCGUCAUGUGUUUACCAGAACACGAGAGCUUGAGCGACCACUUGUAGGUUCUAUUUUACAGAGCAUGUGGGGAGUAUCUCCCACGCAUUUGUCCUGGAGCCUGAGGCAUAAUAGUACUCUGGUGGAUUAUACCUGGAGUAUUGGGCAGACACCAUUUGGACCAUUUUCGGAGAUUUCAUCAUUGUCUUUUGUGCAGAAGGAUGCUGCUCGGAGAAAUGUUCUUUUGACAUCCUUGAAUUACAGUAUAACAAGUGCCAUUGAUGUUCUUGAUUCUAUAGCUGCACAUGGUGGGGAUAGAAAUCUCCUGAAACAGAGCCAGCAUGUUCAGUUCACACAGAGAUGGAAUUUGUUCAGGUACAAGCUGGAUAAAGCAGUUUCUGCUUUGUCACAUUUCGACUUCAAGAUGGCUUUGUUUUACUUGAGGUCCUCAGAUCAUGAUCUUUAUGCCAUGCACUCAUUUGUUUACCAUGCAUCCCAAGAAAUUGAGGCUUCGCUUGUAUGUUUUAAGGACCCGGCAUUUCCUUGGGCUUCAGUAUCACUAUCUGCUUUUGGUUUGCUUGCACUCUUUUAUGUUUAUGGAAAAAGAGACAGACUAUUCAGAAACAAAAGGAAGCAGUUUUGAAGGUAUUUUAAUGAAACAAAAUUUGUACCCUUUGAACAACAUACUACACGUGUUCCUGUGAGAGGCAACUCUGAAGAUCAGAAAUUAGCAUUCAGUUUCUCAAACAUUUAAUGCUGUUCUAGAAAUCUGUUUUGUCACUUGAUUCUUUCCUUUCUGCUUGAUCUGUCAAUUUAUGUUUAGGUUGCAUUAUUGCAUGCUGGAUGAAUGUUAGAUGUAG